UUGAGAACUUCUUCUUGUCAAUGAUAAAGCUAUGAAAAGUCAAGAGAGAAUAUUUUCCCGCCAAAAUUUCAAUUGCUAAUAUCUCGAAAACAAGCACGGUGACCUUUAUAAUUUUUUUGCUCUUUGGAUUUCUUUAUUAAUCCUCUACCUAUAUAAACUAGUGUUUUGAAAAGUUAAUUACUUUGAAACUGAGAAGCGAACUCCCUUAAAAAAAGACGUUUUUUUUUAAUUAAGACACUAAUAUAAUUUCUUCAUUACCUUAAUACCCUGCUAAUUAAUAUAUGAUAUUCCUUUGAUUGUAUGAUCAAAUUAAUACAUUCUUUUGAUUGUGUGAUUAUUGGUUGAUUAUUAACUAAUCAACUUGUUUAAUCAUAUUAUUACAUUUUUAUUGUUGUUAUAUACUAUGCAAGCAGAUGAUGAAGAUGACAGUAUCCAUGCUUCAUUCAACGUAGAGCUGCCUUUUGAUAUUCCUUCUGACGUUGAAGAAGACAACAUUGCAGAUGACUCAGUUUACGACGAUGAUGAAGAUGUUCCAGCUGGCCCAGUCACAUACACUGUCAUUGACAAUGCAACACAGCGAGGGAAGCCCAAACUGGUAGACAACAUUGGAUUUUCAUACACAUUGAAGAGAGAGAAGAAUGGUGCUAGAACCUGGUGGUGUUCUGUCAGGAACAAGACUACACACUGUGGUGUUAUAGUACAUGAGAAAGACGGUGUCUUCAUUCCUCCUUCCAUACAGCACAACCACACAGCUGUACCUGGUACCCUGACAGCUACAAAAAUCAAAGUGACGACAGCCUACUACCAGAAGGACACGGUGUAUAAGUUUGUCAAGAAUCUCAUGGCCUUACCAUUUCUACCAGCAGAACACAUCCCUUCUACCUUUGAAGACAUUGCCACCAAAGCAAAAUCCGCCAGAACCAAAGAGCUUGCCGAAUACGUUAAGAACACUUGGCUGUCAUCAACCGUUUGGCUCGUACCAUCGUGGAGUAUCUUCAUGAGACCAGUAAGAACCAACAACGAUGUAGAAGGGUGGCAUAGACGUAUUAACGACAAGGCAGUAGAGUGCAACAAACCUUUUUAUGAACUACUAGAACUACUCCAUACCGAAACCACUAAGGUCCCAAUGCAGGUGAAACUUAUCAGUGAGGGCAAGCUUAAAAGGUGUCAACGAAAGAAGGUUCGAGCAGUCCAGGGAAAGGUAUUCGCUUUGUGGGAACAGAACACCACCCACUCCAUCACAACAGCAGAACUUCUGAAACAGACCAUGCGUUUGAAUGGCCCUGUACCAACACCAGAAAACACCGACCAGUAAAUUGAUAAUUGAACAUGAACUAUUAGUGCGACCAUUAGUGCUUCUUGAAUGUUUAUUUUUCUAUAUGUAACAAUAGUGCCAAUUAUUAUGUAACAAUAGUGCCAGUUAUUAUGUAACAAUAGUGCCAGUUAUCUUUGAAAACAUUAUUGUAUUAAUGUAAUACCAUGUGAAGUCUUAAAUGUAAUAAGAUGUUAUAGAUGUGAACAAAUAAAAAUUAAAAUAUAUAUCCUUUGUUAUUCUGCCAGUACUACCAUUGACCAUUCACAAUUCCAUUAUUCACAAUACAGAUGGACAGUCAAUCUCAUAACUCAUAAGUAGAGAUAAAUUAAAGAAGGUUCUGCUAUCACUACCAUUACGUAUACUGGCUAUUCACAAUACCAUUAAAACCAUAGAUCAAAUCAAAUCAAAUCAAAUCAUUUUAUUGGUGUAAAAUCCAAAUAUUGGAUUGUUACCAGGACAAACAUGACAAUCAUUACAAACAUAUAAUAUAUCAAUUUAACCAACAUUCAUAUUCUUAUAAGACUAAUAUAAGACUAUAUAUGAACAAGAACAUAAGCACCAUGGCUUUAUAAUAGUAGCUCUAAAGUCACACUGACACAGCAACCAAUUGAUUAUUUACUUUCCAAUGUAUCGUGACUAUAUAUAAAAAGAAUCAUACUUUUAACAUGUUGGUCAUAAACAAUUUACAACUUUUAAAACACACAAAAUUAAUUCUUUUAGUGAAUAAAAUUCCUUUGGGAAACAGAAGAAAA